UACCUCCAUUAAUGAGGCCUAUAGGGUUCUUAGUAUGAAAAAGAGGGAAGAAGCGUGUAAUACGACGACGUCGACGUCGGACGUUGAAGACGACAAGACACCAAAAAACACGGAGCACGGAAAGGUGUCUUCAAAUAAUCAAGACGGGGGAGAAGAAGAAGAAUUUGUGAUUUCUAGCCCGAGGCUCCUGUCUCGGACGACGAGUCGGAUCGUGCCGUCGGAAGUCAGCCGGAAAAUGUCAAAGAGCGGGAGUCGGAGGGGCAGGACACCGACGCCAAUGGACUUUUACGCGCACAUGCAAAGAUCUACAUCGACUUCUUGCGGCGGGGCGAACACCCCCUCGUCGUCGUCGGCGCCUUCCACGCCGACAAUGGCGGACCCGGCGUUUCUUUCAAAAAUAACGAGCAAAAGAAACAACACGCCACCCAUAAUUUUCUCGCAGUCGAUUGCUCGGAGAAAGCCACCGCCAGUGGAGAAGAAGCUGGAGUGCACGCUUGAGGAGCUUUGCCAUGGACGUGUUAAGGUGGUCAAGAUUACAAGAGAGGUCAUCUCCAACACUGGGCUAAUAGUUGAAGAGGAGGAGUACGUGACAAUCGUGGUGAAGCCAGGAUGGAAAAAGGGAACAAAGAUCACAUUUGAAGGGAAGGGAGAUGAGAAGCCAGGAAUGCUCCCGGCCGACAUCACCUUCGUGAUUGAAGAAAAAAGACACCCAAUCUUCAAGCGAGAAGGUGAUGAUUUGGUGUUAGGGGUUGAAAUCCCUUUGGUUCAAGCUCUCACCGGGUGCACCAUAACCGUACCAUUGUUGGGGGGCGAGAAUAUGACCCUCAACCUCGACGAUGAAGACGUCAUAUAUCCCGGAUAUGAGAAGACCAUCCCGGGCCAUGGCAUGCCCAAACCCAAGAGUCUUGAUGGUGACAGAGGUGAUCUUAGGCUUAAGUUUCUGGUGGAGUUUCCUACCCAUUUGAGUGAUGAGCAGAGAGCAGAAGUUUCCCGUGUCCUACUCCAAGAUUGAUUGUUCUUUGGGCUCCCAGCUCUACCUAGUAUACUUAUUAUGUUUGUUGAAAUGUGCUAUGAGUUUGUGCAAAUAUCGUUUCUUUUGUUUUAGACACUUAGGUAAUUGAAAAAUUAUUUCCUUUCUUUAAAAUGCAUAUAAUUCAUCCAUGUAAUUUGAUUUGUUUACCAUCCAAUAUCACCGCAACUCAGAGUCAAUCCAAUUAUUAUAAUUAUAGUUAUAA